GGGCGCGGCCCCAGCCGGGCGGGCGGCGCCUGUGCUGCAUCCCCCGGCACAAGUGAGCGUGAGGGAGAUGCCGAGCUGCGGUCCGGCCUCGGGGGAGCCCCUGUCUUGGAGUCCUUACUCGGCCAGCCCGUGAGCCAGCUGCUCCACAAAUUUGCCUGUGAUCUGAAGGAUGCGUGGGGCUUGGAGAACAGCGCUGAUGCUGGCGCUUGGGAGUUCUCGCUGGGACCUAGGCUGGACAAGAAAAUUCGAGCUGAUUUGCACAGUGCUGUUAGGCAGAAAUUCCCCUUUCUAGUCACUGUUACAAAAGGCAAUGAAAUGAUUGUAAAAGGAAAUCCUGAUUACAGAGAACUUUGUCAAUUAGUGACUGAAAAGGAAACAAGUGAUUUCUUUAAAUUUUUAGAUGCAAAGCUAGAAAAUUCUACGUUUUCCUUUGAGCCUGAUGGAAACAAAGAGCACAGAAAAAUAGUUCAUCACUUCAUCAAUAGAAAGUUUGGAAAGCUUUUAGAAACAAAAUCCUUUACUGUGACAGAUCUCAAUGAUCAGCCAAAUAUGUCAAUAAUGGUACGGUUUCGAGAAAAAUGUUGGUCCAGAAAACGGUAUGCUGGUGGUUUGCAAGAGAAGCAAGAUGUUUAUACAGGUAAAUACUGCAUUUUUAGUGAAAGUGGCAGGUAUAAG